GACGCGAUCUCUGCAGAAAGAGAGACGGGGAGGAGCCGGUCAGAUCGAGUCAGAUGCGAGGCGCCGUCAACGGGAAGCGGGCGCACGGCCGUCCACCUGUAGAGGGAGGAGACGAGUCUCCAGGAGUGGCUCUCCUGCUGCAGGAGCCAGCGCACUCCUGCCGUCUUACUGCUCUGACCCGCUCGUAGCACUAGCGGCUGGAGGGCUUCUACCUGCAACACCGAAAGCAAGAUGUGGAAUAUGGCCCAUUUGUGCAAGUGAUAGAUCAGUCUCACAUUUUAUCCCUUCAAAGAGACCUCCGCCACGGGUGCCAUUACGUGACUCAGUUUCACCAAUCCAACGGAACUACUAGUGACGUUUGACUCAAUUUGACCAAUCAAAUUGAGCCAAGCAGAGGGUCUGGUAAUCCUCCAGAAGCUCGAACACGGCAGAGGAGGAAUGUUUCAAAAAGGAGGCGAGGAACUCUGGGAAAAGACUGGUGGCCGCUGCAAAGACCAGAACCAAAGCAUCAGACGGAAACCGCACCGUGACAGGAGACGGAGUGCGUUGGUUUCACUCACCAGCCUCUCCGGGGUCAUCGUCCCCUAGCAGGGCUGAGCUGAGGUGGGGGAUGUCCUCGGUGAAGAAGCUGCUGUUCUCCAACAUGGGGGACGGGUAUAUGCUGUUAGUCCAUUCGCUGUCAUCCAAAUUCUACACACAGCAACAAGGUUCUUGGUCAUAUUCAGCAAUUUGUCAGUCAACUCGUCUGCUUAAUAAUAUUCAGAGGUGAUCAAUUUUGUUUUCUCACCAGACUGCCGAGUGCGUUUCUCGGUGUGUGCGCGGAGUGUGGGGUUCGGCCCACGGGACUAAAAAUGGCAGAAAGGUCUGGAACCCUGGGAGUUACUGCAGGGAGAGGAUUUGAAAUUAAACCGGAAAUGAGGCUUGAAUUCAUCUGAAUAGACAUCUCACAUUUGGGGUUGCAAAGGGGUGGAACAUUUCCAAUCAGUUUCCAGAAAAAAGGAAGUUUGGCUGAAGAAUUUGGGAAGUUUUGCCCUACCAGCUUGUCUGAAGAGUGAAGCAGGUGUGUUCCUCGACAGGGAGCGGGCCGGCGUUACCGUGGCAAUGUCGCGACUGCCGUUGCCAGGUGAGUGGACUGAGAUCAGCGGCGCUCAGGAAAACAACAACACAGUGUGACAUGAAAGCCAAAUGGAGUCAGGCAUCAUCAAUGUCACACACACAGUUUUUCAGGAUACAAGCCACCUUUCGACUCCCUCGACGUGCAGCGUCUGACACCACGUCAUCUCGGACCACAGGAGACAGCAGCUCACUUUGACCCCUAAAUAGCAAGUAUGCAAACAGAAAAACAGUCAGAACCAUUUUGAGAGGAAAUCACUCUCGCCCCCAAAAAUGUAUAAAAAUAGUUCUCAGGGACAGACAAUGUACCGGGUGUCCCUAGAGUCUGGAAACGUAGGAAAUUGACGGCAAUCAUCUACCAUUUCAUUUAUUUAUUCAUUUAUCAUUGUUGGAAGUACUAUUGAUGUUUUUUGUUGAUAUUCUAUGAACUGAAUAAUAUGUUAUUAGAAACGUCAUUUCUCGACAGGGGACAACCUGUAAAUUACUACAACGGCAAAAAAAAUAUGCACAGGUAACUAGCCUAUUGCGAGCUUAUUUAAUUUUUUGGGGAGUUUAAUCAUUCUGAACUUUGAUGCCCAAAAGAUGUAUAGAAGUUGGCCACUGCUGUAAACACAAUAUUAGCCUGUUAGCAUCUCCGAUCAAUGUGAACGGGGGGCGUUAGCACUUGCUAACAAAUUCAAAUAACUGGUCGACUCGUCAAAAGCCUUUAGAAUAACACAACGAUGUUUUCUCAACACAGUUAACGAAAUCUUAAAAGAAGUAACAACUGUGUGAGGUUUAAAAAGUGAACAUGUUCGUACCAGUCCAUUUUAGCAAGUUGUCACUUCCCGCUUCACGAGGUUCAACUAGCUUCUUUCUUCUUCGUGGGAAGAUUAAAGUAGCCCACUCGACUGUCGAAAGCACUAAUGUGUUAUAACGUGCAUAACUUCAGAUAAAAUACAGUCCAUGUUGCAAGUAUUCACUAUAAACGUUCUACAACCCUAAAAUAAAUAAAGACGCCUGAGGAGGCUCGUUUUACUCGUUGUAUUGGUUUAAUCUUUCGAUUUGAGGACAUUUGACUGCCGUGUGUGCUCAAGCCCCUUGGUGUCGCUGUGGUUGAAACGCAGAUGCAUGAGGAAUUUUUAUCUCAUUUUCAGUUAUAUAAAUCUAGUUUAUUUACUGUUUGAAUGUUUAAAUACACGCCACACUUCAGACCAUUCGGUAGCGGUUGUGUACGUAAACGUUAUUUGCCAACCACCAUUAAACACCAAGAGAAGAAGAAGAACCCGGAAAUGGAAUACAGAGCAGGCUUUCUUCCAGAGUUUGAAAUCCGGACUCUGAGCGCUGAAUUCAGCGGGCUCGGGGAUCGAGCUACGCGGCGUCAAAAGUUCCAGAAAAUCCCAAGCGGCGUGGAGCUGGCUCGGGGCUUUCAGGUUUGAGCAUCCCGGGAAAAGACCUGGAACUUUCACCACGUUUGGUCCGAUCGUCAAUCCGAUCUGGGGAUAGUUAGUGUGACAGCAGCCCCCAGAAGAUGAAGACCCCAGUUUGACCGUGUUGUUGAGAAAACCUCAAGCGCAUCAUGGCCGCCGGGAAGCUGCUCAACCUCUCUGCCUCGCGGCGCCUCGCGGCCGGCCUGCUGGCCAACCUGCUCUCCUCCAUCUGCAUCGUGUUCAUCAACAAGUGGAUCUACGUGCGCUACGGCUUCCCCAACAUGACCCUUACCCUGGUCCACUUUGCGGUCACCUGGCUGGGGUUGUACGUGUGCCAGAAGAUGGACGUCUUCUCCCCCAAGAGCCUGCCGCUGCGCAGGAUCGCGUGGCUGGCGCUGAGCUUCUGCGGCUUCGUGGCCUUCACCAACUUGUCGCUGCAGAACAACUCCAUCGGCACGUACCAGCUGGCCAAAUCCAUGACCACGCCCGUCAUCAUCCUCAUCCAGUCGAGCUACUACAAGAAGACCUUCUCUACCAAGAUUAAACUCACGCUGGUCCCGAUCACAUUCGGUGUGAUAUUGAACUCGUACUACGACGUGCGCUUCAAUGUGCUGGGGACGCUUUUCGCCACGUUGGGUGUUCUGGUGACGUCACUCUACCAAGUGUGGGUAGGAGCAAAACAACAUGAGCUCCAAGUAAACUCCAUGCAGCUGCUGUACUACCAGGCUCCUCUCUCGUCAGGCUUCCUGCUCGCCAUUAUUCCCUUCUUUGAGCCGCUCACGGGAGACGGAGGAAUAUUUGGACCGUGGUCUCUUUCUGCUCUGGUGACCGUGUUUCUCUCCGGAGUGGUGGCCUUCCUGGUCAACUUGUCCAUCUACUGGAUCAUUGGAAACACGUCAGCUGUGACCUACAACAUGUUCGGCCACUUCAAAUUCUGCAUCACCCUCGUAGGAGGAUAUGUGCUCUUCCAGGACCCGCUGUCACUCAACCAAGCUUUGGGGAUCCUCUGUACUCUGGUGGGAAUCUUGUCGUACACUCACAUCAAGCUGGCCGAGCAAGAGGAGGGAAAGAGUCGCCUGGCUCAGAGACCGUAGCGCCACCAAGCUGUCAAUCAUAUGCUGGGAAUCCCAGAAUGAACUGUCUAAAAAAAAAUGGAGCUUUAUAUUAUUAUGAGUAUUUUUGUCAGCAAAAACUCAGAUCCUGACAGGAUGGAAUGUGUGGCGCUUUGCUCCAGAAGAAGGAAAUUAAGAUGCGAUGAAGGGUCUUGCAACACAAGAUUGACAGUGCAAGCAGACAUAACAGUGGACAAGUUGUAAAAUUGAAAAGUGUUGAGUUAUUCGCUAAAUAUCAUUGAUCUUUGUUCAUCGAUAUAUGCCGGCGAUCCAUAGUGACAGACAGAACAAUUCAAUUGUCUUCCACUCGAUUUAAGAAUUAAUCUUUGUUUCCACUUAUUGUCAGUUUGGGAGUCAAUUGAGAGAAGAUCACGAAUUUAGUAUACUGGAUAAACGUUUUGUGAUGCAAGAAAUUUCUAAUGUAAAAUAUGUGCUUCGUUGGCUCAAUAAAGGUCGUGAAACAAUGA